AUGUUGUUCCGAAUGGACAAACAAGAUUUUUCUGGGGAAGAAGUUACCAGUGCUGUAUUAAAAAUCUACAUUAAGACGAAGGGCAAACGUCGGCGCCGACGUAUUAUAUUGCACGUCUCAGAAAACACAGCAGAUGGCAAUUUGGCCGAAUUCGCGACGAUCAAACUGCGUGUGAAACGCAAAGGUUGGCAGAAGAUCAACUUACCUGUCUACUUACUCACCAAACUACAACACCAACCCAUCAAGCUGCACGUCGGUUGUGAGAAAUGCAACAAGAAAGUGCGGGUGGUGCUGCCACUGAAGAAAUCAAAGAAGUCACAGGAAUUCCGCGAUCUGGGCUCGCGAAAGCGGCGGUCUCCUAUCAUUGUUCUUAACACAAAGCCAAACACUGCUGCAGUCGCCUCUGCUGUUGCCACGCGUCGCCUGCGCCGACCGCGCCGUGACAUUUUCAGGUUCGGAUCGAGGGACACCUUUGGUGCCAGCAUUGGGAAAACGACUGCCGAAAUGAGCACCUACGCAACUCUAGCGAAGCAACUUCACCCCGGCCCGAUCAGCGACGCAAUUGUUGACAAAUCUCCCACAGUUAUCCAAGGAAACGAUCGCGGCAUUCGAGAUGACGACGAAGGCGACCGUAACGUCUUGAAACGUAACGAGACGACUCACUUCACCAGCGCUGGAAGUGGAACAACACAAGUCAGCAGAAACAGAGAAGUUGAAAGGAAAUCGUUUUCUGGGGAUAACGAUAUUUACAAUAAUGACGACGACGACGACUACCACAACUCUUCUUUUGAAUAUGAUGAUAGUGAUGAUGAUGAUGAUGAUGAUGAUGAAGUUGGACUUAAUGACGAUCAGAUAGCUGAUGAGGACGAAGGGCUGAAUAAAGGCUGCUGUAUAAAAUCCCGUUUCGUCUCGUUCAGAAGUAUUGGUUUGAAUGGGUUGGUGGUCAGACCACGCUUGGGCUUCGUGAGCAACCAAUGCAGUGAUCGCUGCCCGACAGAUCAUCUACACGUAACUCGACCUCCGAGAGAAGACGUCGCCGCAGCUGCUACAAACAACAAGUGGAAUCAGCAAGCCAGUCCGUAUCGGAAGAAGUGGCACGAGAUAGCUGAAUUCACUGACCAACCAGAAAACUGGCCGUUCCCGUUAGAAAAAAAUGGCGGAAAGAGUUUGCCGGAAAUAGUAAGAAACGGUCUAGAUUCACGAUUUAACCCCGAGGAGGCUCGUGUUCGUUCUUCAUUCCCUUUCCUGGUGCACUUUCGAUAUCUUUAUCGAGGCAGGAAUCCUCGGUUGCGACCCGAUAGUCGUCCUCAACACCGAGGACAAAGUAUUUACGAUAGGCGUUGGGAUAGCGAAGAACAUAAUGACAGGAAACUUAAUCGCCAUGCCUUCUCCGUUAUCUUCAAUGAAAUCUAUCUAUCUAUCUAUCUAUCUAUCUAUCUAUCUAUCUAUCUAUAA